UCGGGCUCGGGCCGCGCGCUGGCGGGGCUCUGCAUUGCACACUCUGGGGGCGCCGCAGUGUUUGUGGGAUGGGGCAGCGGGCUGCCUCUGGCGGCCGGAAUCCGCGCGCAGCCGGGGUGCAAGUUGUCUCCCAUCGCUUUGUGUCCCCACUCAGGGGCCCUCUGUAUGAGUGAAACGUUGCUCUGCCAUGGAACCUGGCUCUGCCCUGGCCUGGCUCCUGCUCCUGAGCCUGCUGGCUGAUUGUCUGAAAGCUGCUCAGUCCCGAGACUUCACAGUGAAAGACAUCAUCUACCUCCAUCCUUCAACUACACCAUAUCCUGGAGGAUUUAAAUGCUUUACCUGUGAGAAGGCAGCAGACAAUUAUGAAUGCAACCGAUGGGCUCCUGACAUCUACUGUCCUCGAGAAACCAGAUACUGCUAUACUCAGCACACGAUGGAAGUCACAGGAAACAGCAUCUCUGUCACCAAACGCUGUGUACCACUAGAAGAGUGCUUGUCCACUGGCUGCAGAGACUCAGAGCAUGAAGGCCACAAGGUCUGGGCAACAAAGCAAAAGACGAUCUGCACCUCCUGCUGUGAAGGAAAUAUCUGUAACCUGCCACUCCCUCGAAAUGAAACUGAUGCCACAUUUGCCACCACAUCACCUAUAAAUCAGACAAAAGGGCACCCACACUGUAUGUCGGUGCUUGUGUCCUGCUUGUGGGUAUGGUUAGGACUCACUGUGUAGCAGCUCAAGGCAACAUGGGUAGUAGUGAUCUGUGCGGAUCAUGGCAGUCUCUCGUCAUGCAUGCAUCAUUGACCUGGCAGCAUUGUGCACAUAAGAUCACAGCACUCACAGGUGUCAUCAUGGCCAGGCAGUACCAUUGCCAUGCUUCACUGUUGUCAUUUACAGUCCAGACAAGACCUAAUCGGAGCCAGCCUCUUCCCAAUACAUUCCCUGGGACCUGUACCACAAACUGUUGUUUUUACUCCAGGAAAGAAAGAGCUCUGCAUGUAGUACAGUCUGGGGUUCUUGAUUUGGAAUCCACGUAUGAGCCGCAGGAGUUCUGAAGAGUCUGUUAUAUGGAUACAUGUAAAAGAUGGUGUUUCAGGAGAAGGGUAAAAGAACCACUGGUUUUAUUCUAAUUUUGAAUUCACGUAUUGUUUUAGGAUUUUACAACUUUGAAUCUGAAUAUGGGUGGACUAUUUCAUUUUAGAUUCCAACCGAGUUUCUCAAAGAGCAAUUUACUCUAUGCAAUUUGCUCACUUUAAUUUUUCCAAUCUCUUUUUCUUGAGGCAAAGAAUUAUUUCCCUCUGCUCUGCCUGAGAGGU